UUGUUGUUUGUCAACAGGAGCUUCCUUAGGACCGAAGAUGACGGAAAAGCACCAACUCACUCAGGAUGCGCUGGCACCCAAAUCACCGCAGCUCAGCAACAUAGGAGGGCAACAAAAUGUUCCCUGGGAUGUCCAGUCACGUGGCCAGGUUGGGAACAGUACGCCAUUUGCAAUCAAAUCGGAAGUACAACCAAUGCCGCCAUCUUGCGACGGGAAGGGAAAUGACAGAACCGAAAAGGAUUUCCACUGGCCGAUGUGGAACCCUGGGAAGGAUGAUAUUAGAAAUCAAUCUGCUUACAUCAAUCAAAUGAUAGACGACAGACCGAAUCAUUCGACGCCAGAAAUUUCCCGCCAAAUUGGACCGUCUGCUUUUACGGAUCCUAUGCCGUCAACUGGCGGGAAAGAAGUUGCUCCUGGCCAAAAUGUAAAACAAUUUUAUCAGCCAGAUUCUUACAAAAUGUGUAAAAGUGUCAACAAUGACGGGAAGCAGCUAUUUUGCGACGACUCCGGCAACAAGGAGAAAUAUUCAGGUGAUAUGAAAUUGGAACCCCUCGGAACGCACGCGUCAAUGUCAGGACGGGCGGACGGAGGUCAGACCGGAAAUGGAGUAGCGCAGAAGCGAGUGUACGUCCCAGCCGAUCCCUCCCUAUGGACGCCGGAACAUGUGCGCCAGUGGUUGGAGUGGGCAAAGAAGGAGUUCAGCCUGCACGACGUGGACAUCAAGAAGUUUCAGCACAUGCACGGCCGGGAACUGUGUCACCUGGUCAGGGAUGACUUCAAUCGGCUCACCAAUCCGUACCAUGGCGAGAUUCUCCUGGCGCAUCUCAACUUCCUUCGUCAAUCGGUUAUAUCCAAUCCAUCCGGUGGUGAAGAAUUUGACAUGGGUCUCCAAAAGAUGACGUCGCGAAAGACAGAAGCCUCGUUGUCGCCAUGUUCGUACAGCUGUAGUGUCCCGGAUGUUCCAAAUAUCAGAAAUGAACCAAAAAUCGACCCUCUGCACGCGAAAACAGUUUGGUCAUCACCCCCUCCGCCAACACAUCAGAGUCAAGCUGGUUAUUUCCACAGUUGUAUGACCCAACAGAACAGAGAUAUUGUACACCAACACUGGCGAACACAAGAUCCAUAUCAGUUGUUUGGGCCUAUAUCAAGUCGGCUAUCGAAUUCAGGAAGUGGACAGAUCCAACUGUGGCAGUUCCUCCUCGAGUUACUCAGUGACAGUGCCAACGCAAGCUGCAUCACGUGGGAAGGAACGAACGGGGAAUUCAAGUUAGUCGACCCGGAUGAAACAGCAAGGAGGUGGGGCGAACGCAAAAGCAAACCGAAUAUGAAUUACGACAAACUCAGUCGAGCGCUCCGGUAUUACUAUGACAAGAACAUCAUGACGAAAGUGCACGGGAAACGAUACGCCUAUAAAUUUGACUUUGCUGGCCUUGCUCAAGCCCUGCAGCCUUCUCCAGCCGACCCAAUGUCGUACAAGUACCAACAGGAUCUUUUCAUGUCUAGCUACCCCUACAAUCAAUCGUUGAAUUUCAUGAGCGCGCAUGCGUCGAUGCCGACCACGCGCUCGGACUUUUUCGGAAACCCAAGCUCAACUUGGACCAAUGCCAGUGCCAACUUGUACCCGAAUCUUCCCAAUCACACGAUGCUGCCCCAACCUCGGCAUAUAUCACCACACUUAGGUUCCUACUAUGCCUGAGGUUGAACCGAAUAUCAGGCCAAGACUUUGUACAUAAAUAGAAAUAUUCGUGGCAUGUGAAAAUUGUGUCGUCCGCGAUUUCAUCAGACGCCACCUAACGAUGAGUCAAGAUAGCGUCUUCAAGGAAGGCGUUCGACAUAUAUUCUCAGGCGAAUAACUUUCUGAAAAUGUGCCUUAACAUCUGAACAUUGUUAAAUUCUCCGUCACAUAAAGACAGUGAAAACCAACUGACACUUCACCAAAAUGUUCUUGGUGUCCGUUGAUACCCGCCAGUUUCCGAGAUUCGGCAAGCAUACGAAAGCCCAGAAGGCUCAUUCCAAAUUCGAAUUUGGAAUGAGACUCGAAUUUCGAAAUUGGAAUGAGCCUUCUUGGCUUUCGUACAACAAUGUUUGAACGGUCAACAGGACAUACUCACGUAUGGAUGAUAUUGACCAAUCAGAUUUCUUUACUUAAGAGUUGGGUGCUCAUACACAUGUUGACACUCAAGGGCGGGGCCGCACAGACUUUUUACCGAACAUUUCCGAAAAAUGAGGGAUUAGUGGAAAUGUGCCCAUGUUCACCAACAAGUUUUGACUUUCGAAAUAUUGGAUACACAACAGCUGAGCUUCAGCACCUCUGAAAACAUAGGUUUGUCCAGGCAUGCCUGUGGAUGGUCCAAGUAUUUGACCUAAAAGCCUACGCCGUUCGUUCAAAUUUGAAAUUGAAUUUGAUUUUUUUUUUAAUUGUGUCAACACACACUAAAUAUAAAUCUCAACAUUACUGUUGCGUACACAUACUGUACUCUAUGAGUUAGUAUUUUAUCACAUUGACAUGACUGUCUGGUUACUGUAGGGAGGCAAUGUUGUUGUUUUUUUACUUGUGCACGAGAAAAAACAAUGAGCACGAACAGUUUUGGCCUUUAGGUAAAUCAGGCUCGUUGAUUGACCAAUAAUACCGAGUUUCCGCAAAUCUCACGAAUAUUAAUUACGAAUUACGAACUUAUAAUCAAAAAAGGAACUUGCGUUCCAUUUUGCAGUCAGUCGUAUCUGGUGUUAUGAAUUAGAAGUUAAUGUUUUCAUCCAGGUCCGGUCUUAUUUAAAAAACGGACGCUGCGACAAUUUAUACUAAUUCGUAAAGACUCGACCAGUUCGUCACAAGAAUUCAAAACUCGCUGCGUCUAAGAAAUUACAGUGGAUUGGUGAGAGAACAUUGGAUCCUGAGUCACGGACCCUUCCAAUGGUAACAGACGUUGACCAGCUUAGAAACCCAUGAUCUUAUGGUUUCUUCCGCGGAUAAAUAGCAAUUCGUAAUUGAUGAGAUUUGCGGAAUCUCGCUAUUCUUGGUGGACCAACCAGCUUGAGAACUGAUCCAAAAGUAUACUUCUCAGAAUGAAGGCUGAUCCGCAGUUGACCAACGAAAAUUAGUGAUUUGAUGAACAUUUAUCAGUUGACACGUAUUAGUCGUAUACAUGUAGUUAAAUCUCCCAGUUUUCAGAAACUCUCUUUAUUCUACUGUUGAUUGAAAAUCCAAGAGGGUCCAUCAGGGUUGGGCACUGAUCUAAUUGAUAUCUAUAUUCAUGAUCAUGACUUUGUACAUAAAUUGAUUACCGCCGGUUAAUUGUUAUAGUGAUCUACUGAGAAAGAAGCACGUGAACGAAACCGGAGUACACAAUAUUGCAAAACGUUCUCUGUUUCUCGUGGGCAGUUUUUCAAUGCGAAUCGACAGUGAGUUUCCGCAUCACUGACAAAAUACGAUCCACGAAGACGAAUUCCUUGUAUUAGCGGUUGUAACCGGUUCCUGAAUGAAGAAAUCGUAAUUCGUAAUCGUUGUUCGUUUAGCGACGCGGAAGCUUCUUAAUGCCGCAUAAGGUAGCGUGUAUGAAUGAGACCUCCUCGUCCAGAAAAGGCAGUUCUGUUAUUUUGGUGAAGGAGCGUCUAUCAAACCAAAAGAUCGACAAAAGCGAGUGCCGCGCCCCUCCUUUGAAGGAAGUUGGUCUACAAUGUUGAAAUGACGCAUCACUGUAUAUUUUAUCAAAUGUUUAUUUUCACCAAAAAAAGUUAGGGGGAUUCUGGCUUUUUGAAUACGUCCUUGACGCAAUAAAUCACCAUCGGUGGGUCAAACAGUGUGCGGGUGAUCCUCCACCAACUCCCGGGCUGCACGUUCCCGCUAAAAACGUGUCGGAAAGAAAAUUCAACUCAGAUUGCGGCUGACCACAAAAAGCGCCCGAUAUUUUUUGUAGGGAAUGUAUCGGGACUGGAUCCCCGCAUCACCCAUGUCAGAUCCCUUUCAGACUUUCCUUCCUGAAACUUUCCCUGUCAAAUAAUAAUCACUUGAGUAUUCAACGAGUUCGUUACAUGUACUUUCUAGGGAGUUCUUGAAGACGUCAAAUGAAAUGACACGUCGGCCCUGCUUAAUGUGGCAAAAAUGACACUGCCUUGAGUCAAAUACAGACUAUAUUUUCGCAAAGAUUUUCGUGAAAGAUUUCGUGAGGCAGAGUCGACCGAGGAGUCAACCAUAUUGCUCCAAAGGCAAGCCCACAGGGGAGCUUACUCAUUUUAUCCAUUCUAGCGGCAUCAAAGACAAGAUUUGGUUAUUUCUUUACAAAUAUUGUUAAGGUGAUGAUUUCGCCCGAGCGGAAGAGAUUGGAUUUCCUCUGGUUAAUAGGAUAUUGAGAAGCGAUUGUACAAUAUAGCAACCUUUCAUUCCAAGCGCGACACGAUCGGCCCACUGAGCGACGACACCGGGUAUUUUAAGUUUCAUAGUCGGGAGUAUGUUAAAGGGGAAACAGUCGUUAUAAAUAGGAGUUGACUUGUUUUUCCCCUGAAAAUCGGGAAGUUUUGGUCCACGAUCUCAGAUCAGGUUGUACAUGUAUGAUACUAUAACAAUAUAUAUGUACAUGUAAUUUCAAAAAAAGGUCUAGAAGUAUCUAUCAUGUAAUUCACGAUGAGUCGUUCAUGCUCGUCAUGUGCGACUAAAUGUAAAUUAAAGUAAAACGCUCGCUAUUUAUAGCAUAUCGUUGUAAUAAACAUUUCCGUGUAAAUAUCA